GCAGCUUCUUGAUCCAACACAUAAUCCUGGCGGCUCAGCAAAAAGACACAAGUCAGGGGAGAAUGGAUUCUGGGCAUGGUAAAAUCAGAAUGAAAGUAGAAGGUGAUAGACUAAGCAGCUUGCCAGACGAUAUUAUCCACAAAAUCCUCUCUUUUAUCAACACUAAACAUGCAGUCCAAACAAGUGUUUUGUCACCUAGAUGGAGGUAUACCUGGACUUCAGUGCCUUGUCUCAAUAUCUCAUAUUUGAGUUUCCGUACGCAGGCCAAGUUCUCCAAGUUUGUUACACGUGUACUGUCUGGCCGAAAUAAUCAAAUUGAAUUGUCUUCUGUCGAACUCACUUUUCAUGGGAAAGUUUGCGGGGAGUUUGUCAAAAAAAUUUUGAACAAAGUUUUGAAGUAUGCAUUCUCCCACAAUGUUCAACAUCUGGAUAUUACUUAUGGCCGACCUGGAAAGAGUACCGAAUUCCCUAUUUCUCACAUUAGUUCUCAGUCUCUAAAACAUCUAACUUUGUUUGGGUUUGGUCACAAAGAUUCCAUUACGACUCCAUUUACUUGGGACUUGCUAGCUUUAACAACAUUGGAUCUCUGGUAUGUCACAUUAUGGUACGACGAUAAUGACAAGUCUGCUGGUCUUUUCUCUAACUGUCCUAACUUGAAGAAUCUCACCGUAAGUCAUUGCCAUAUUGUGGGACCGAACGGAUUCUACAUAUGUCAUCCUGGACUAUCUAAUCUAACACUUGAAGAGGGUGACACGUAUGGUGAUGUGGUUACACCUCAGCUCAAGAGUCUCACUAUAAGAAAUUGGCCAAAGAUGCGUCUGAUUUCGGCACCUAACCUUGCCUCCUUGCAUUAUGAAGCUGAUCAUGAACCUUUGCGGCUUUCUUCCGAACUUCUUCACUUGGAGACGGUGGAUAUGUGUAUUUUCCAUCCGUAUGUUGUUGACCCCGAAGCCCGUAAAAUUGUUUCCUUGCUUCAACAGCUCCGUAGUGUCAAAUUUCUUACUCUUAACUUGGAACUUAUUGAGAUUCUUAGUUCAUCUGUGGAAUUAAUCUCACAUCAACCUUCUCCAUUUGCCAACUUAAAGAGUUUAAAGAUUCUUCCAGAGUUGUAUACAAAUCCAGAUAGUUGGUUUUUUUGGGAAGACGAAGAGCAAACACAACCAAAAGUAACUACUAUGUGCAAUGAAGUUAAAAACUAUUUGCUAGAUGGUUCUCCAGGUGCCACCUUCACCAUGGUCACACAUGAGGAAGCAAGGAACAACACCAAGGGAAGACACAGGAUGAUGUGGAAACGUUCCAGAACUAUUCAGGAAAUAAACGGCCAAUUCUGACAUCAUUUCAAAGUUGAACGAGAUUACUUGGAGCCGUUGUCUUAGCAAAUUUUUAAGGUUUUGAUUUACGUUAUACUCACAAGUGAUGACUGUAAUAAAAACGCCAACUAUUGGUGCCAUUGUUAUCUAGUAGUAUCUCUAUGUUCAAUGCUUCCUUAGCCGAAAAUGGACUGCGAAUGGGAUUGGAAAAAGGUUUAUUGCAA